UCCGGCAUCACAUGUACCACCACAGCUGGUUGUGUCACGCAAUAAUUGUGGAGCAGUUUUGAAGUUUUGAAAACCGUCUUAAAAAGAAACGAAUUAUCCAAAGAGUUUGAAGUCAUGGUCAGGCGAUUUGCAGAAAGGUCAAGAAACCUUUUUUACUUUCUCGUGYUGUUUGGUGGUGUUUUGAGUUCGACAUGCGCUGCAAAAUUACCCGAAUAUUGUGGAAAGGAACCUGGUAAUGUGAAGGCAAAUGUUGAAGCUUCUGUAGAGGGAUWUGAGUUGAAACAAGUCAAUGUUUUCAUUCGCCAUGGUGACCGUACCAAGGCAUCAUACCCUAUCAAUGACGGUUACUGCUGGCCUAACGACAAUGCUGAAUGGGACUGUAGUUUAACAUCCAUCUCACAUCCAGCUGUAAAACAUGACCAGCAUAUGUUAGCUGUGGAUAGAGUCUACAGGAAAGUGUAUUUGGAAGACCGUGAACCAAUGAAGGGUACCUGCCCUCUUGGGGCCUUGACAUUUGAAGGAUAUGUUCAACAAGAGACAAAUGGAAAAAUACUAAACAUGUUGUAUGUGAAGACUGGAUUUUUAAAACAGAACUUCUCUUACACUGAUAUGUAUGUCAGGAGUGAUGAUAUGCACAGAACAAUGCAGUCGGCGCAGGGUUUGAUCCGUGGAAUGUAUCCACCUGCACAAGAAACAACAGACAGAGCUGAUGUGAUUGACAUUCAYACUAUGGAUCGUUUGCUCGAUGAUAUUGAACCAAACAGCAGGUUGUGUCCCAAGUUGGCUGAAUACCAAAAGGAGUUUCUCAAUAGCCCAGCAUUCUUGAACCACUAUCGCAAUGUGACCCAACCUCUCCUCAAGGAACUGMAGAAAGCACUUGGCUACAAUAAAUCGCUAAGUAUGGAUGACAUGGACAGUACUGUCGACUGUGUGCAUACUCACCAAUGCCAUAACUUUGCAAUCCCAGCAACUAUCACCCCGGACUUGUUUGCUCGCAUCGUCAAAGACAUUUCAGAUCGCAAAAUGAUGCAGUUGACUUAUCCAACGCGUGAAAAGUCUGCACAAGUUGGRAUUGGGUUUCUCGUCAGUGAGAUGUGGCAGGCCAUGCAAAAAGCAAUGGAAGGAAAACCACCAAAGUUUCUUCUCUAUUCCGGUCAUGAUUAUACACUUUUCCCAAUGUUGGUCGCCUUCAAUAUUUGCGAUGGACAGUGGCCGCCCUACGCCUCAGUUUUAAGGUUUGAGCUCUUUCAAAGUACAACCCCGAAAUCCGACCGGUUGUCCGACAAGUAUGCUGUUCGUAUUGUCUACAGCGACAGGGAGAUCAAACCACCAUAUUGUGACGAGUCACCGUGUGCGCUUGCGCAGUUYGAGAAGUACAUCACCAGCAUUCUUCCCGUAGAUCCAAGUACCACAUGUAAGGUGACUGAUCCAAGUAUUAUGAAGGGACCUCUGGGACACUAUCGACGUUAUCCGCUAAGCGAGGGCUUAUAAAAAACAUAGAGCUGUUUCUAAGCUACUAAGGUAACGAUGUUUUGUGGUCAGCGUUGCCAAGGUAACAAUGAAAUAAUUCAUGCUGGAACUGAUUCAUAUUGGCAAAAUCACGCUGUAGUAUUAUGCUCGUUGCUAAGGUAAAAAAGUUAACYAUGGUUGCUAGGUGUUGUGAUUUAUGAUGAUGAUGAUGAUGACCACGUUGAAGACAAAAUGCAUUCAGUAACGACUAUUAAUUUUUAAGAUGCCCUGUAGACUGCUUAAUGCUAAAAGCAUGAUUACUAACCAAAUAGAGAUAAAUAGUGCAAUGCAGGGGUGAUUAAACAAAAUAAUUACUAAAUUUUUUGAAAGUUUUGUGAAAACACUGUGGUUUAAAAGUCUAUCACGUGUUUUGUCCAAUGACAAAAAAAAACUUUUUUUUCUCAGUUUGUUGUCAGUGUAAACAUCUCUAGUACAUUUACUAAAGCUGUUUUAAGCUAUAUUUCUGGUUAAGGGCGAAAUUUAGUUUCUAAGAAUAAAUACAAACUGUUCAAUUAAA